AUGCGUCUGGACAACAUAAAGACCUUUAAACCAACUUACUUUGCUCUUACAGAAGACAUUUCAGAUUCAGGAGAGACCAACGGAUCGGUAUGUCGCUCGAUCAGUAUUGUCUAUGCCGCUUUCGUGAUCAUCGUUACUCUGAUCUUGGUCGCUGGAUCUGUUGCACAACUUUAUCGGCCUGCGCAGGCGACGACAUGUCAAAGUCCCUCGAUACGCCGCGAAUGGCGUGCGUUCACUUCGGGUGAAAGGUUGGAGUUUAUACGUGCGGUAAAUGUGUUGGCUCAAGUUACUUCCCAGCGGCGAGAGAAUGGAACAAUUUACGACGAUUUUGCCCUCCUACACGGAGCAAUCAGUCGGAUGUGUAAGUGGAUGUGUCUUCUCACGGUGUUCUCUGUUGACGUAAAGGAUAAAAUAGUCCACCGAUCCGCAUCUUUCUUACCGUGGCAUCGAUAUACCUUGAUCCUAUAUGAGAAAGCUCUCUAA